AUGAAGCGAUCAGGUUCAAAUCGCGUUGCCCGCAAAAUUGGCUCCUACGACGACGAAGCAUCCGCUGAGAGCACCAACAAUUCUCAGAGUGAAGUGCAGAAGCCAGCAGUUGUCAAGCGACCUGCAUUUGGAAAAGCCAGAAAGCGAUCAUCACUGCGAAUAUCAUUCGGUCCUGGCGAAGAUGCCAACGAUGGCGACGGAUCUAGCGAUGGCACAGUCGUAACACCGAAGAAAUCGAACCUGAGUCGCAUAGCGCUGGAGAAGAGUGCGCAGUUGCGUGCGCAAUCCCCUCUCGUCCCCGAAGCCUCUCGUCCUACAGAGUACAGCAAAGACUACAUAGCCGAACUACGAAACUCCACACCCUCGACGCCUCGGGACCUAAAACCAUCCGCAGAGGAGGAAGAGGAGACGCGUGCCCUCGAUAUAGCCUCCAAGUUUGGCCCAGUCGUGCCCGAACCUUCGUCCGCGAUACCUACACAGGCUGAGAUACAGGAAAAGAAGGCUCGCCGGAGACGUUUGGCGCAAGAGAAAAACGCUCAUGACGACGAAGAGCAACCAUGGGCAUCCGAUGACGAAGGCGAGGACGAGUUUCGCCAAAGAAGGAGUGAGAUCUCGUUACGUCCAAAGGAAAAAUAUGCAGAGACGCGACUGGUACAUGAGGACGAGGAUAUUGCAGAGGGGUUUGAUGACUUUGUCGAAGACGGCAAGAUAGCGCUUGGUCGCAAGUCAGAGAAAGAAGCGCAAUGGAGGCGGCGAGCAGAGAUGGCAGAGCUCAUCAACGAGGCGGAGGGAGGCUCAGAGGAUGAGGCAACGGACGAUUCAGAAGAGGAGAGGAAUACUGCCUUUGCAGCAGCUCAGGCUCGUGCUGGAAGAUAUGGCCAGAAGAUAGAGGACGAGGAAGACGGGUCAAAGACGCCUCCUCGCAUCGCACCCCUCCCGGACCUUGACGAAGUGCUCGAGGGCCUCUCUAUGGACAUACGGACGAAGCAGCAGCGCAAACAGUUGAUUCUGCAAAAGCUGCAGGAACUAAAGGACGACAAGGUCAGGAUCGAAGAGCGAAAGAAGUUCCUGCAGGAACAGCUACAGAAGACUGGGGAUGAGUAUGAGAAGAUGCGUCAGGAAGCUGGUCUGCCUGCGUUGCCUACAAAUGGGGCAGGAGGCCGGCUCUUGACGGAGCGCGGUCUUGAUAGUCUUGGAACCACACCUGUAGCAGGUCGCUCGAGCGCAGAGUCGGACGAAGAGUAG